AUGAGCGGUUCGAAGCAGCUGGCUGUUAAGGCCUUCCCUGCAGUGGGAACGGCAACCAUCGCGGGAAAAUCACAGCCGAUUUACACCUCAGUCUCUCGGACCAGAGGUCUGACGUACCUGACAUCACGGCCACCCUCAUGGAGAGUAUCCCUUAACCCCUACUGUCGUCACUUACCCGCAACCCAACACUCACCCUUCACCACCUCAUCUCGCCGCUCCACCGAAGGCAGCGGCGAGCCACACGCGCCCAAAUGGCGCCCUCCCACCGAUGAGGGCCUCAAGCAGCGGCCCGUCCUUGUCAUCGGAGCAGGCAACAUCGGCCGGCGGGUGGCCCUCGUCUGGGCGUCCAACGAACGCCCCGUCACCAUCUACGACAUCUCCCCCACCGCGCUCAAGUCCGCCACCGAAUACAUCACCGACAACCUGGCCGCCUACUGCACCGCGCGCGGCACCCACCCGGGCCACGUGCGCACCACCUCGGACCUGCGCACGGCGACCACCACGUCGGGCUUCCCCGCGCGCGACUCGGCGGGGGCCAUCACGGCCGAGGAGCACACCAAGGCGCCCUGGCUGGCCAUCGAGUGCCUGCCCGAGUCGCUCCCGCUCAAGACGUCGGUGCUGGCGCUGCUGGAGCGCUCGCUGCCGUCCGACUGCGUGCUGGCCUCAAACAGCAGCAGCCUGACCACGGCCGAGAUGGCCGCCGAGGGGCCCCUGGACUACCCGCACCGCCUGCUCAACACCCACUACUUCAUCCCGCCGCGCAACCGCAUGGUGGAGCUGAUGUCGUCCGGGGCGACCGCGGGGCAGAUUUUCCCGUUUCUGGCGAGCCAGAUGCGCCGCGUGGGGUUUGCGCCGGUGAUUGUGCCGAGGGAUAUUCAGUCCCGCGGGUUUGUGUUUAAUCGGAUUUGGGCGGCUUGUAAGCGCGAGACGCUGGCGGUGCUGGCGGAGGGGGUGGCUGAGCCGGCGGAUGUGGAUGCCUUGUUUAGGGACUUUUUCCAUGCGGAGAAGGGACCGUGUGAGAGGAUGGAUGAGGUUGGGCUGGAUACUGUGGCACGGGUGGAGCAGCAUAAUUUGGAGAGGAAGCCUGAGCUGGCGAGCGAGGGGCCGUUGAAAUGGUUGAGGGAGAAUUAUGUCAGAGUGGGGAAGCUGGGAGAGAAGAGUGGUGAUGGUUUGUUCAAGGGUGAGGAGAGGGAUCGGCUGAGGGAGAGGCAUUAUUUGGAGAGGUACAAGGUUGUUGAGGAGACGUCCGGGGCUUAG